CAUGUAGUUUACGGUAUUUUUGGAAUGUUUUUCUAAGGUCACUCUGAGCACGUCGUAUUUGUUGGGCCCGUAGUUUUUCACCGAAAAGGGUUUUGAGCUUCAGCUACCUGAAAGAGCCUUAAAAGAGAAGCCAGAAAUGGGAGCCCGACAGUCUCAAUCCCGCGAACCUCGAUCCGUUUCGAUGGAAAAUCCAACUCCGGCCGGUGUCAUUGAUAUAUCCGACGAUGUGGUCAAGCGUCUAAAGGCAGGCAUCUCCCAGCAGGCUCGGGAACAUGCAGCUGCCACGGAGGAUACAAAGCCAGCAGCUAAGGCGGCGGCACCAAAGGCACCCGCUAAGUCUGUCACAUCCUCGCCAGCAGCUCCUGCACCCGCUUCCAAGGCUGUUUACCCUGCUGCUACGCCCAUUUACGUCCAAGGAGGCGGACACACCAUCAGUGCGGCGGAUGUUCAGCGCCAGAUGAACCAGGAGCUGAUCAAGAACGACGAGCUGUGGAAGGAGCGCAUGGUGAAGCUGGAGGAAAACCUUAAAAAGACCAAUACCAUUCUGGAAAAGGAAUACGCCAACGCAGUGGAGAAUGUACACAAGCGAUUCGUAAGCACUGCAGCGGCGCACAAGGUGCCUCCCUGCCAGGAUCUGAAGUCGCAACUGCUGGCCUGCUAUCGGGCUCAUCCCGGCGAGACUUUGAAAUGCAUUGAGGAAGUGACUCAAUUCCGGCAGUGUGUGGAUGCGCAUCGUGUGAAGAAGUUGGAUGAACCAGAGGCUGCUCCGGCUGCUGCGACACCUGCUGGAAAGACCGCUGUACCUGCCGCCAAGGCGGGCUAAUAGCUUUUGCAUUCAGACGACUAUAUUAUCCUUGUCCUAAGUUGUUUGAUUUGUUCUUGGAGGCCUUGUACAGGUUAUGUAUAAAAACGAUAAAAAAAAACAAGCGCGAAAGAGUCAUUGCGAGCAAUAGUAAACUAAUUUAAAUGAAUCAA